GGGCGUGGUUCUCCGGCGAAGUGAUUCCCAGAGUAUAAAACACCCGACCAUCGACAACCAGAGCAUCACUUCUUAGUAACUGACCACAGCGCAGUACCAAGCCUAAAAAAGUAUCUCAAAAUGGCAUUCAAGGUGAUGAUCCUCUGCGCCACCCUCGCGGUCGCCAACGCCGGUUUUUACAGCGGUCUUCACGCCGCCCCUGCAGCAGCGAUAACCUACGGUGCACCAACCCUAAGCUACGCUGCCCCAGCGAUCACUUCGCAGUCCUCCAACAUCCUCCGCAGCCCAGGUAACCUCGCCCAGAUUUCCACCUACUCGAAGACCAUCGACACCCCUUACUCCAGAGUCAGCAAGUCCGACGUCCGCGUUAGCAACCCCAGCGUCUACACCACCUCCUACGCUGCCCCAGCUGCCUACGCCACUUCCUACGCUGCACCAGCUGCUUACGCCAGCUCCUACGCUGCACCAGCUGCCUAUGCCUACUCCUCGGCACCGGCUGUGUCCCACGUGAGCUACUCGUCGCCCUUGUCCUACGCCGCCCCCGCCCCGAUCAUCACCAAGACUGCCUACGCCGCCCCCGCCCCCGCCUACACCUACGCCGCUGGACCAGCACCCUUAAUCACGAAGACCGCUUACGCCGCACCAGCUGCCCUGGCCUACGGAGCCGCCCCAGCAGUCGCUGCCCCCGGCCCAGUUGUGUCUCACGCAACUUUUUCCGGACUGGGAGCUUCUUACGCUUGGAUAACCAAUUUACCGACGUCCUUUCAGCUGGUAGUAAUCUGCGCAACCCUGGCCGCAGCUCAGGCUGGCCACCUCGCCGCACCCGCGAUCACCUACAGCGCAGCGCCAGCUGUCUCCCACGUGACCUACGCUGCGCAGGCGCCGGCUCACAUCACCUACACCAGUGGCGCCCCCCUGAUAAAGGACGCUUACUUGGCCCAGCCGAGCUACGCCUACAGCGCCUCUCCGGUCGCCGUUCACGCCCCAGCCAUCGGCUCGUCUCACGAAAGCACGGUUCGAUCCCUGGACGGAAACUCGGCAGUGUCCCACUACAGCAAGGCCGUCGACACCGCCUUUUCCACGGUCCGUAAAUACGACACCCGAGUAACGAACGACGCUAAGUUCGUUGCUGCUGCCCCCGCCUACGCCUAUGCUGCCGCCCCCGCAGCGACUUACGCCUACAGCGCCCCCGUCGUCGCGAAGACGACUUACGCUGCUGCCCCAGCCCUUCACUACGCCGCUGCUGCCCCUGCCUACCCCGUCGUAGCUAAGGCGGCUUACGCAGCCCCCAUCGCAUAUUCGCCAGCCGGUCUUGUCGCGCACACCACCUUCAACGGCAUCGGUGCUUCCUAUGCUUGGUAA